GGUGGUCACGUGAUCUAACGGUACUUGCAGCGGUAACGGAAAUAGCACCUGUCAUGUGAUAUCAAUGUUUUGAUUUGAUGUAAACACGUGGAGUCGUGCAACAAAUAUAGCAGGGCAAUCGAAUGAGAUUCCAACAUUUAAAAUGUUGCAACCAAUUUUGCACGUGCUAAAUGCACAAAGAAUUGUGUUGGCAUCAGGAUCCCCGAGAAGGAAACAAAUUUUAGGAAACAUUGGAUUAAAAUUUGAAGUGAUACCAUCAACAUUUGAGGAGAAUUUAGACAAAUCUCAGUUUUCACAUCCAAGUGAAUAUGUAAAAGAAACAGCUCGAUUAAAAACUUUGGAAGUUGCAAAACGUUUAAAAAAUGAUGAGAGGGUACCUGAUUUUAUUAUUGGUGCUGAUACAGUGGUAGCAAUGGAUACAAAUAUUUAUGAAAAGCCAAAAGAUAAAGAGGAUGCUAAAAGAAUGUUAAGAGGAUUUAGUGGAAGAAGUCAUACUGUACAUACAGGUGUUGUUCUUGUUUCACCUUUAAGCUCAAAUAUAAUAAAAUCUGGCUGUGUUUGUGAUGGUUUUAGGGUAAAUAUAUUUCACGAGGCCACUGACGUCAUUAUGGUAGACAUGUCAGAGGAGAUUAUCAAUAGUUACAUAGAGACAGGGGAACCAAUGGAUAAAGCAGGAGGUUAUGGAAUACAGGCUAUAGGUGGAACGCUGGUUACAGGCAUCAAGGGAGACUACUUUAAUGUGAUGGGAUUCCCACUACAUAAUUUCUCUAAACAAUUAUAUAAUCUCUAUAAACAACUAUAAUAUCUUAAAGCGGCAUUAGGUAAGAUUAGAAAAAGAGCUGACAGUUCUCGCUAAAAUAGUUAAAAAAAAAAAAUGAAAAGAGAAUGUGCUGAACAUUUCAGUCAAAUUACUUCACUCUGAGCCUAGAUAUCGGCUAUACAAUUAUAGCCUAGCCUAAAUGGUCAUUACUACUGUUGUUACGAUAAUAAGCAAAGUCUCAAUUAUCCAUUUUUACGGUAACCACAUCGACGACAAAACGUUUUGUUUAAAUCUACUUAAACCGCAGUCGUUGGAUGGAAUCGACAGACCUGCAAUAGGUCGAUUUAGCUCUUGCAUAAUGCCUAUAUAAAUAUAUAACACAGUAACAUCAGGGAUGGUUAAAUAUGAUUGCAUGUAAAAUUUGAAAUAAAUCUGCGAAGUAAUUGCUGAGAUAUAGGCCUAUUAACUUUUAAUUUAAAACUAGUACAAAUUUUCUAUUGGUUUUUAAGAACAAAUGAAUGUCUUCACUAGCCCAGUCAGUGCAGAGAAGUAGAACAUUAAAUGAAAAUACUGGUGUCAGCCAUUAUUACAUAUGAUCAUUGCUACAGUAGAUGCGUAACGAACAUUUUAUGACUUUUAGAUAUCCUCUUACAGUCUUAUAUAUCGACUUUUCGUCUUCAAUGCUAUUAUCAGUGAAAUGAGUGAUAAUGUCUUUUUAAGUUAAGUGAAAAAGUGUAAUUUUGUUAUGAAAAUAGAGCUAAUCACUCUGCUUCUGAAACUGUGAUAUUUAAGGCAAUAAGCAAUUUUAAUUAAAAACUACAUUUUGAACAAUUUGUCAUAUUGUAAUGUAUUGUGGUGCAUCUGUUUGUCUUAUUCUAGUCAAUUGUUGUACAUCACUUUCUGAUAUUUUGAUGUUAACGAACAACACAUUUCUUCUUAGAUCACCCAUUGUAGGGAUUUUCAAAUGUUGUACAAUUUUCAAUUCAUCAAUCAUCUGUCAAUACUGAACCAUUUUUGAACUGAAAUUCCUUUUAGAGAUUCAACUUUAAUUAUAUUGUAGUUUGCAAGGGAUUUCAAAUCACUCAAAUGACAAUCAGCAGAUAUAAUCAUUGAACUGUAUCAUACAACAUAUGUAAAUUU